AUGGUCUACCAUGCGCGGACGCUGUCCUCUCCACUGUCAGCCUUUCCGCCUGUCAUGCGGCCGCAAGCCUUCACGCAGGUCAUGCAUGAGUAUGGCUUCAUGGGAAGGGACGUCGACGAGAAGCUAUGCUUGCAUUCAAAGGCAAAGGCGAAGAAACUCUAUCUCUCGCCCUUUCGCCAGGAGGAGACCACCAAGUGGGUCAUCGAUCGGGUACCGCUACCCGAGCCACGUGGAGCUCCGCGGGUUGGCUUGGCCAGUGAUGCCAAGGAGAUCGUUGCGAGGGCAAGGAGGCUGAUCAUCAACGCGAAGGCGCAACUGAGCGCCUCGUGGGACCAGAUCUUCAUCAGCCACGCGGAGGAGCUGAGCUUCCAGGAGCUCAAGAAGGUCCUGCGAAGGGAUCUGGCCAUUUCUCCAAAGGCCUUAUCGGACUUCGAUCUCAAGGUGCUUUUUUUGGAGCUGGAUGCCGACAAGAGCGGCACGGUGAACGUCAAAGAGAUGUUGGACUAUGUGGCUCAUGGUCCCAAGAGAAUCCAUGAUGAGCAGGCGAUGCUGAUGAAGCGUACCGCACGUGUGCGGCGAAAUCUGAACAUGGCAUGUCGGAAGUUUGCCGGGGUGAAGGCCUUCACGGUGGAGGGUGCAGCGAAGAUCUUCAAACAGCUGGAUUUCGAAGGCGACGGGCACCUCUCCAAGCACGAGUUCAUCGAAUUUGUGCGAGGGGGGCUGGGCUUGUCUAUGUGGGAUGUGCCGGAAUCCGAGCUUCUUCAGUUUUACGUCAUCAUGGACCAAAACAACGAUGGAUUGGACCCCAUGGAGUUGCUGGAGUUCAUUCAGGGGAAUCAGGAGGAGAUGGCGAAUCGGACCCUCUUCUCCUUUGCCGAGAUCGCACCAACGGGGGCAAAGGUUUCGCGUCAGAAGGAGAUGGAGAUGCGUUUGAAGAACAAGCCGAGCCCGGUCUUCAUGAACAGCGGCCGGCGACGGCCUCCAGCAAUGAGGCUCCUAAACAAAACCUGA